CAUAUCAAUGUGUGAAAUCCUUUUGUAUAAUUUCUUUAUGUCUAUAGUAUUUUUCUUUUCAGAACAGUUCUCCGCUUAAGCGCUAAUAGUCCAGCACACCAACGAAUAAUUCGUGGGUUUUCUUUUGCCCUCUUCAGCGUAUUCUAUCUCUAAAGGUCUUGUCAGAAUGGGUGAGCUAUCCACAAAUAGUUCCUCCCCUGCUUUAGAUUUGCCAGCUGCAGAGCAAAACCAAGGGUUAGCUGUUAAAACUAGUCCAGAGUCCAAGCCAAAGAAAAAGAUAUGCUGUGCUUGCCCUGAUACUAAGAAGCUGAGAGAUGAAUGCAUUGUAGAACAUGGGGAAGAAGCUUGUGUUAAAUGGAUUGAGGCUCAUCGCAAGUGUCUUCGUGCAGAGGGCUUCAAUGUUUGAGAUUGGUAGAGGUAAUUGAGUUGAUUACAUGAUCGACGAAAACAAGGUUAAAGCUCAAACUAUUCAUUUUAGGAUCACACAUAUCAUAUGAUAUUCAGAAUUUCAGAAUAAAGCCGGGACAGGCAGCUUCUUUUUACUGUUAGGUUCACCCAUAAGCUUCUUACUUGUAUGUUCUUGAUACAAAGCGAAAGCACAGCCAAAACACAUUGAGAAGUGAGGAUCUAUUACAUUUUGUAUUUGCAUUUGUUAAUUUUAUCUAUAUAUUAGUGGACAUCUAAUUACCAAGUUCUAUCUUUGAUUUCUCAAUUUUUUGUUCGACUGAUCUUAUAUAUUCAUAGUAUAGUCUGUUUUGCUCUUAUGCCUCUUGGCAAAUUAUUCUGUAUGCGGGAAAGUUUAGGUUGUUCCUUUUAAGACAUGUUUGCUAGCUCUCCAGUUUUGGGAGUAACGGAAGAUAUAUACAGCAGCAUCGUCUUCUGAUCAAAAUUGAUCUGAGAUUUAAACGUAAAAAGGGCCCGAAAUUGCCGUCUUCUACCAUCAGAUGAUCAGUCUUGAGACGGCCGGGACGAUGUUUGAGUAAAUAAUCAGAAAGAAAAUAGGAGCAUGUACGCACGUGAGCGUAAAUAUAUUAGAAGUCCAUUUAGUUUAAUCACACAAGGCCACAGAGAUGGCCAUGUUACAUGACUAUGAAAGAUGCAGAAACAUAACAGGAGACAACGAUCGAACCCACUUAACAGACAACAAGCACAUUAGAGUACUUUAACAGAGGACAGCACAAUUAUUCAACACCAAUACAUUAUUCAUGACGAGAGUCGACACACGAUUC